CUCUGCUGGCUCUGCAGAGCUGACUCUGGGAUUUUCUCCUGAAACCGCCUCAUGGGCGGUGGAAGAUCUGGAGGUUGGCUGGGAAAAACUGAGUAAUGCGAAGCAGCCUGCUCCAUCAGGGCUGCGAGAAAGACGAGUCACCGCCGGCGCUCUGGACAGAUCCUGACUUAGCAGGUCACCGAGCAGAGCCUCUGCCCUUGUGACGUCCUCCAGAUCUGCUCUCUGAGCCCGAUAGGAAAGGGCUUCAAAAAUGACAGAAGAGCCCAUAAAGGACAUCCUGGGAACCCCCAAGCCUACCAAGACAACGACGAUGGAGAAAAGCCCCACCAGUGACGUGGUGGUCACCACGGUCCCCCUGGUCAGUGAGAUCCAGCUGACAGCCGCUACAGGGGGUGCCGAGCUCUCCUGCUACCGCUGCCUCAUUCCCUUCGCCGUGGUGGUCCUCAUUGCGGGCAUCGUGGUCACUGCCGUGGCCUACAGCUUCAACUCGCACGGCUCCGUCAUCUCCAUCUUCGGCCUGGUCCUCCUGUCUUUCGGACUGUUUUUGUUAGCAUCCAGUGCCUUGUGCUGGAAGGUGCGACAGAGGAGCAAGAAAAGCAAGAGGCGGGAGAGUCAGACGGCUCUCGUGGUCAAUCAGAGAAGCUUGUUUGCUUAAGACUGAGUGAGACCAAAUGGGGGGUGUAGCCUGACCCAACCUGCUCUACCUUUGUCAGCCGAUUCACCCCGCACCGUGUACGGGAGGAUGGACUCGACACUGGCAUGGACUAGAAGCAGCAGGAUGGAUUGGGCUGUUGGCAGAUGGAGGGCUUCUCCCUUCUAUAGAUUGUGUCUACUUUCAUGACAACCUUAAUCCUAAGGGCGAUUUCUAAGACUGAAAGAUUUAGCUUUCUCUCGAUAUUAAACAUGCUGGCGGGUGCGGGAGCUGCACAGUAUGACAGAGCAUCUCAGCUCUUGGAGAGCAGCCAAGGGAAGAUACGGAAAGCAAGAAAGCGGCUUGGCACACCAGAGACCGACCUGCCUUCGAAGAGGGCGGCCCUGGCUCUUAAGAAGUUGUAUCACCACUGCGUGUUCUCCCGAAGGUCUAACUUGCCUUGGACUUUGCCUACUUCUAUAAAAUUCUGUGAUCGUCCCCCCAACCUCCCCACCCCCCGUAAGUUGACUCUCUGGCAUUUGUUUCUCUGUUUCAUUUUCAGUAACUCUUCACGUGGUACUUUUCCUUGAAGAAUAAACUAAUCUUAUGUAUACACCGUAUAUACUCGAGUAUAAGCUGACCCGAAUAUCAGCCGAGGCACCUAGUUUUACCACAAAAACUGCAUGAAAAUGUGCGGAAAAACUUGGCUUAUCCACAAGUAUAUACAGUAUGUGUAUUUUACCAUCGGACAGCUUUAGAUUCUUUGGAGAUUUAGAAGACUGUUGUAGAGCAUCAGUGGGUCAGAAGUGAACACAAAUACAAGGUAUAGCCACAUGGUAUAGCUACUAGAUGACCCAAGGGUGGGGGUGGGGUGUUAAGUUAAAUAUUAAAAUAAUCUAAUAUAGCACUUUUGUUGGUUUUUUUAUAUAUAUAAAAGUGUCAUGUACAUUUCAUUCGAAAUAAUAAAUACUCAUUGCUGCUGAAAUGUC